CAAAAAUAAGCUCGUCCAGACACCACUAGGAAUGAUUUCGUCUUGCCGAGGCGCAGGAAUCAGUCCGUCAACUUGAGACGCCUCAUCAUCAAUGACAUACGCGCAAACCAUGGCUACUUCUUACACGGCAGUUGUUGUCCUCGGAAACUGCAACAAGGACUUGAUCGUCCACGCUGCGAAGUUCCCGAAGCCUGGCGAAACACUGUUAGGGACCAAAUAUGAGGAGGCUUUCGGCGGUAAGGGCGCCAACCAAGCAGUCGCGGCGGGGAAGCUGCUCGGAGACGCCUCAGUUUGCGACUCUUGUUUUCGUGUGGCAAUGAUAUCGAAACUCGGCGACGAUGGCAUCGGCACAGCGACACGCCAAAACUUACGCUCCAGCGGAGUGGACGACGCAUUCGUGGGGACAGAACUAAAGACGGCGUCUGGAGUCGCUCUGAUUACCGUCGCGGAGGGAACAAACUCGAUCGUAGUGGCAGGAGGUGCCAACGUUAAGACUAAUAGAACAAAGUAACUAACCUUUCGUCUUCUAGUACGGUUUUUCGUCAUGUAUCAGAUUCACCGUAUGAACGUAUGCAGAGAGCAUUCUUCAUGAAUAGGAACUACCAAUGGUCAAGACCAAUGUCGUAGGUCCAAUCCGAAGCGAUUAGCAUCAUCGUCGCCAAUGCUAUCAUCACUUAGAAAAGGAGUAGAAUGAUGAAAGACUUCCACCUAAGGCCUACAAGAACUAGUUACGCCUAACAAAAACAAGCUGACCGCAGACGAGAUUGAGGGGAACGCGGCCUGUGUUGCGGCACUGCAGAAUUGCCGUGUCGUUUUAUGUCAACUCGAAUCGCCACUGGCUGCGACGACGAAAGCAUUGCUAAGGCUAGUUUUUGUCUAUCUGUCGUGAGCUACGCUUGCCCUGAUUGGGAAGCGCUUCGGUUUCUCCUAGUUUGACUACUCCAGGGCUACAACUUCAUAUAGAGAGGUUGACUACUCCAGUUGUCAAGAAGGGUUCUGUAUCUUCUAAUGCCAGCGCAUGCAGAAAGAGCAACCAAUUACUAGUUUUUCCGUCGUAGUUCUUCCUCCAUGAUUAUAUCGUCUAAUACCAGCGCUAGCCCGCCGAUCCGAUAAGAAGUCGAAUGCGCCAUCAUCGUUUUCGCCGCUGACGAUUCUGAACAUAGCUCCAUCACCAUCGUUUCCAGCGUUCGACGAGACAGUAUUCGGGAGUCAAAAAAAAUCGGAAAUCGCCAGCUUCUACCGAGAUGUGCUAUCUGCAGUUAAGCUUUAACUUAAGCACCGAAAGGGGGAUGGGGGGCUCUCGCUGCAUUCGUCUCAGUCCCGUAUGAGGAUUCUUUUCAUCUCAUGCAAAAAAGAUUAUUGACUAUCUAAGGUUCAGCAACUUAUUUCCACAAGCAGGGAACGUUUUUCAUUUUCUUUGAGGCGUGUGCGUGUGAGUGGCAUGUGACCAGCAGGCUGCUCAGAAGAUGAACAUUGUCAUGAAUGAUAAUAGUCAGACUCUCUCCUUGUCUACUAGUCUACAAGCCUCCAAACAUUAACAUCUUGUUCCCCAUGUAAUUGACGAGCUCCUCUAAUAGGGCUGACGUAAUAUGCGUGAACGAAGUGGAAUUGGCCGGAAUCGUGGGGGGUCAGCAGGACGUGAUAACUAGCUGGGAAGCAGCUGAGGAAGCCUGCUCCAAGGUUUUUCGGCUGUUGCAAGCAGUGGGUGCGCAAGGCUCAUCUUCGCACAUCUUAGCCACGUUAGGGCCUCGUGGUUGCCUCGUCGCGUCCAGUUUCGGUCCAGGACAACAAAGUCGGUUUUUAUGACAACAAGGGAUGGGUCUUCAAUCACCAGAAGUCCAAUCUUUCCAAGAAUAGGAGAUGUCUUUGAAAGAUGGACCAGAGGCACAUACUAGGUAGAAGAGCGUCUAAAGCUUCUUCGGGUGCCUGCGCCCCAAGUAGCAGUACCAGCGAGCACCGUGGGCGCGGGAGACUGCUUUCUAGGCGCGUUUGCGGCGCGCUACGUCGAGCUGUGCGAGGGGGGACAGGAGGGUCAAGGAGAUGACGAAGUGGGAAAAUUUUUUGCCAAGUGCGCGGAUUUUGCUUGUCGUGCUGCUAGUUUCGCGGUUGCACGCCCUGGAGUACAAGACAGCUUUCCAAAUAGAGGAGACAUUCAAUGAACACUAAACUCGAAGCUCAAUUUUUCUAAAUAUGAAGAACUAGACUUUAGAAAUUUUUUAGACACAAGAAAUGAACAUCAAAUGCAGGAAGACUAAAAAAGGUACUUACGAGGAAAGCAAAGCGCUAGAGUUGGACCGGCAGACGCAGAACCACUGCUUCGGCCAUUUUCGCAUGACUUUUUUCAGUGUGAUUGGUGCAGCCAAGAUUUGUGGGCCAGGACGACUUUCCUAGGCGUUUUUUGCAUGUCGCAAAGCGCCAAUCUGUACGCCUUUUUCCUGUCUCUGGCUCCUUUUACAUACACUUCACAUCAUAUUAUACUCUGGUAUACUGGUCUCUGGUCAUGUGAGCGUUCCUUUCAUCCUGAGACUUAUAUCGGGUAUCAAGAAUCUUUAUCGUGAUAUUAAUAUUCAAAAGUAGGAAGAGAGAAAAAGAGACCCGUGAACGCCCGUUGUUUCCCCUUUGAAACAAAUAGGAUACAUCAAAACACACGAUGACCACAAACAAAAAGCCACAACGUCAAAUUCGUAGAACUCAGGGAAGUCGUAGGUCCAAUCCGAGCC